CAUGUUGGUGAACCCAACGGUGUGACCUAGUGGUUCAGUGAAGUCCACUGAACAUCAUACAGUCGGGUUCAACUCUCAGCUAAAUUUCAUCUGUUCUAAUCUUGAUGAACAGAGUUACGUAUUAUCUGUUGCUGGUGAGAGGUAAUAGGUAUCAUGCGAAAUUAGUCGAUGGGCAUGCAAGAUAGCUCGGAUACCAUAGUUAUUUUAAAAAAACAAUAGAUACAUAGCCGUGCACCAAACGGUGGCGCCUAGUGGUUCAAUGAAGUGCGUUGAACACUAUGAAGUCAGGUUCAAUUCCCAACCAAAUUUCAUUUGUUCUAAUUUCGAUGGACAAAGUUAUCUAAUACGCGUUGCCAGUAGGAGGUGACCUGUAUCCUGCGUGUUAGAGUUUGUGAUCCGAAUUUUAUUGAUUCGGUACUGAAAAAUUCAUGGUGCGAUCCAUAUUUGUGAUUUUUUGUGGGGUCUGUGGUGGUAUAAGUGCGAUUUAGUGGGUCAUUUUUUGGAUGGUUUAUAUACGUCAUUGAGACUUUCGUCUCCUCAUCGUACUCUUCUCCAUUAUAGUGAAUUUCCUCCUCCUCUGCCCGUGAUUUUUCCUGUCAAGGGUUUUCAUGUAAAAUCUGUGUGUUCUUAUUUUCUUUGAUUUUCUGGUACUUCUUAUUCCCGUUCGUUUCAUAACAUUGUAAAAUUAGUUGACGUGCAUGCAAGCUAGUUCGGGUAAAAUUAGUUGACGUGCAUGCAAGCUAGUUCGGGUAUCAUAGUUACUAUUAAAUAAAAAAAGUAGAUACAAUAGUCAACCCUUCUGUCAGAACCAGUUGCAGAUAACAUGUAUACCAAAUAAAUCCAAGAAAUCCCUCUUUCCCUUUAGUAUAUUUUUCAUUAUUAUCUGAAUAUGAAUACCUUAUUUUGCCAAACAAAAAGGUAAAAAGGAAAAAAUCCAAGAAACCCAAGUGUAUGUUUUUGAUUAUCUACUUGUCUGGUUUGUCUAUUUUUCAGUUGUUUCAAGAUUACAGAUGAACCAAGAAAGAAGGUAUUUCUUGAUAACAUCAUUAAACCUUUGUAUUUUGUGCAUCAUUCUGCAACUAGAUAAAUGUUGUUAUGCUGUUGAUCCACAGUUUGUAGCAUGUAAUAAAUCAGUAAAUUGUAGAUAUGGUCCAAGAAUAAGCUUUCCAUUUUAUGUUAAAGAUGUUCAAGAAUCUUAUUGUGGGUACCCUGGAUUUGGGCUGAAUUGUAGUGAACAAGGUUAUCCUGUUGUACAUAUUGCUGGAAAUGAGUAUAUAGUUGAAGAUAUUUCAUAUCAAGAUCAUACUUUUCAGCUUAAAAAUUCAGUCUUUAAUAGUAGUAUAAUGAAUGGUUGUGUUUCUGAGAUCAAGAAUGUAUCACUCGAUAAUCGCCCGUAUAGAUUUGUGAAUGAAUCAAGAAUUUACUUGUUGUCCAACUGUAAUGGCUCGAUAGCGGGGGAGCUAUUGAAGUAUAGGAUUGGUUUUGGUUGUGGUGAAGAAAAUGGGAAUGAUGAUUGGGGUCUUGCAAUGUUUGAUGAGGAUGAAAGCUUUGAGUCUGCAUUGCAAGUGUGUAAAAAUCAUGUAAUGGUACCGGUAGAAAUGCGCGGUAACGAGGAAAACGGUCAAGACUAUCUGUUCCUUUUGAGAAGGGGGUUUAGAUUGAGCUGGACAGCUAGUAAUUGCAGUGAGUGUGCAGAAAGUGGAGGACGUUGCGGAUUUGAUGUGCGAAAUUAUAAGUUCAAAUGCUUCUGCACUGACAGGCCUCAUUCGUCGAGUUGCAAACCUUCCAGGAAAAAGAAAUUGGGGUUGAUUCUUGGUUCAGUUUUAGGUGGAGCUGUGUUAAUAAUCCUCGUGGUCGUGGUCGCUGUCAUUGUUUGUCGUUACAAGAAAGAACAAAAAAGUUGUUUAUACUUCCGCUCAAGAAAAAAAUCUUCUGAUCCUUCCUUUACACAUGACUUUGAUGGAGGUAGUAAUUACCAUGGAGUCUCGGUCUUCUCCUAUGCUGAACUCGAAGAAGCUACUAGUAACUUUGAUUCCUCUAAAGAACUAGGAGAUGGAGGUUUUGGUGCUGUUUAUUAUGGUAAACUUAGGGAUGGGAGAGAAGUUGCAGUGAAGCGACUAUACGAGCACAACUGCAAGAGAAUGGAACAGUUUAAAAAUGAAAUUGAAAUUCUCACUCGUCUAAGGCAUCGAAAUCUUGUUACCCUUUAUGGUUUCACAUCAAAGCACAGCCGUGAACUCCUCCUUGUUUAUGAAUACAUUUCCAAUGGAACAGUGGCGGAUCACUUGAACGGGGAUAGAGCAAAGGACGGAUUCCUUCCAUGGCCUAUCCGGAUGAAUAUUGCUGUCGAAACUGCUAGUGCAUUGGCUUAUCUCCAUGCUUCUGACAUAAUACAUCGUGAUGUGAAGACUAGCAAUAUACUCCUCGACAGCAAUUGUUGUGUCAAAGUUGCAGAUUUUGGGCUUUCGAGACUUUUUCCGAAUGAUGCUACUCAUGUCUCAACUGCUCCUCAAGGGACAGCUGGAUAUGUUGAUCCAGAGUAUCAUGAAUGUUACCAGCUCACUGAAAAAAGUGAUGUUUAUAGUUUCGGUGUUGUCCUCAUUGAACUUAUCUCAUCAAUGCCUGCUGUUGAUAUUACUAGGCGUAGACAUGAGAUCAAUUUGGCCAACUUAGCAAUAAACAGGAUUCAAAGAUGCGCGUUCGAUGAGCUGAUUGAUCCAUCCCUGGGAUUUAAGUCGGAUGCUCAAGUUAUGAGAAUGACUACUUCAGUAGCAGAGCUAGCAUUUCAAUGCUUGCAGCUUGAGACGGACUUGAGACCGACAAUGGAUGAAGUACUAGAAACGCUUAAACAUAUUCAAAGCAACAAUACGGAUCACAUCAAAGAUGAGAAGACGAAGGACUCAAUUAUCGAUAAAACAGAUUGUAAUGGUGAAAAAGCCCCUACUUCUCCUACAUCAGAUAAAACAGUUUUGUUAAAGAAAAUGCAAUUGCCACCUUCACCUAUUUCUGUAACGGAGAAGUGGGUUAGUAGUUGUGGCAGUAGUAAUAUUAGCGGGUGAAAUUCUUACACUCUUGACCUUAGCGUCAAUGUACAUGUUAAGAUAUAUGUACUCAUUCAUCUGUAAAGGAAUACGUCGCUGAGGCCUUCCUUUUUA